AUGUCCGCGAUGAGGAGAUACUGGCCUUUUGCCGUGGUGGACGUUGCUAUGAGUCCCGUGUAUACACCAGAAGUGAACUCGUAUCCACAGGAAACCAUCCCAUCAGAACCUGUCGGUGGAUCAUCAGCAGCACCAGCGGAUCCGAAUGAUGGAGUCAUUUUCACAACGACAGCCCGCGGCCAGAACAAGAACUAUACACCGGAUGUAUCAGCACCUGCAGAACAGACGGUGACAAAGAUCCUACCCACAGAGCCAUGGCCGUCAGCCAGCGAGUUGACAGCAUACUCAGCACCAGCCGAGGCUGCCGCUGCCGAAAUCAAGACACCGACAUGGGAAGCACCAACAACUACCUCACCAGAUGCAACGAGUCCAGAUUCUGUAUCGCCAUUGCAGUCACCAUUAUCGCCAGUAUCCUCAACACCAAUUUCACACUCAGCAGCGGGUUCGGUCUCGUUCGUCUCAACCGCAUCCUCGGCCUCGGUCUCAACCUCAACGUCAACCACAGCCCCAGGCGCAGCCGCACUGACAGCAACAUCAACCAACGAGUCGAUAGUCUCGUCCGGCGGCACCUCAAAAACAACAAAAAUAGCUAUAGCAGUCCCAGUCUCCAUAAUUGGCACAGCCCUUCUUCUCGCCCUGUGCUUCUUCCUUGCCCGCCGACGACGCUGCCAAAGAGAACGCAACGCCCUACCACCCUCAUAUGAUAUCGCAACACAGCAAACAACCGCCACGUCAACACAAGAACUAAUGAUGGCCCAGAAAUCUGCGACCCCAGAGCCAUCGGCUUCAGUACCCACACCGACAAUGGCAGUGCCCACGCCGCGCAUCCCGCUUAUCAGCGUGUCACCAUCGACAGAGGACGGGGGUCGAACGCCGAGUCCCGGCCCUAGUACUGGGUCAACGUCCGUACACCGCAUGUCGGCCCAAGGGCCUCGAGGUUCUGAGCCGGAGCUUGGGAUUGCGGUUGCUGUUCCAAUGGAUCGGAGGUGGAGUGCUACGGAGGAGAUGAUGGGUCGUGUCGGGUCUGUUCGGUCGUCGCGGGGUCCGUCACGGUUGGCGAGGAUGCCGUUUGAGGAUUUUGAGGACGAUGAGGUUGGGAUCGGGAUUGGUAUCGCGGUUGGCGGAGAUGAUGAUGCUGUUUCUGAGGUGUCGGAUGAUGGGAGGAGGGAAAGGGAGAGAGACUUUGAUGAGGUUUCGGUGGUAUCGUCUUUCGAUGGUGUUUCGCCGAUUGGACAGCAGGAGAGGAGCCAGUUUCGGUGA